AGCUCUUCAGGUGGCGUCAUCAAGGACAGCUGGUGGUGGUCUACCGUCUGAGUGUAGUGGGUGUGGGCGUGGCCCCAAAAACACGGGCGGUGUGGGAGGUGGGCGUCACCGUAGCCAGGUGGUGCAGGCGCAAUGAACCAGCUGUGUCGAGUGUGCGGGGAGCCUGCCGCAGGCUUCCACUUCGGCGCCUUCACUUGUGAGGGUUGUAAGUCGUUCUUCGGGCGGACGUACAACAACGUGUCAUCGCUGGGAGACUGUAAGAACGGCGGCCGCUGCGUCAUCAACAAGAAGAACCGAACUUCCUGUAAAGCUUGUCGCCUCCGGAAGUGUCUGGUGGUGGGCAUGUCCAAGUCCGGCUCCAGGUAUGGUCGUCGCUCUAACUGGUUCAAGAUCCACUGCCUCCUUCAGGAGAAAGCCGCCUCCCUCACCAUCGCCAUGGAGCGUAAUAACAACACCCUGGCAGUGCAAGAGGCCAAGAGGGCUCUGCAAGGGCUGACCUCCUCGUCCUCGCCCACUCCGGAGGCUCCGACAAAAUCCAGCGAGGCCGGUGAGGAGACUAACAUCACCAUUAAGGAGGAAGACAGCGGGCCAGAAUCACCCGCCCUCAGCAGCCCGGAGUCUCAAGCCUCUGACAACUCCUUAGAGUCUCCUCUGGAUCCCAGGAGACCGCCAGCUCCCUUCCAUCUCUACCCGAAACUGGGGGUUCUCUCCCCCUUCUUCCUCCACACUAGCUCUGCCCUCACCUCUCCCUCCUCCACUUAUCCUCACCUGCCAUUUUAUCCAUACCUCUAUCCUGUCCUCAACAGACCCGCCGAGAGGCCGCCCACAUCCACGCCCAUACCCUCCCACUCCCCACCCCAUUCCUACAUACCUUCUCCCGCCCACCUUCACCAGGAAUCUCCCUCAGCCAACCAUCCGUUAAUUCUUCCCCAUAUUCGCGAGCCCUCCACCCACUCUCCCGCCACGAGCCACCCUAGACCUCCCACUCCACCUACCCACAACCUACCCACCCAGUCUCCUCGCACCGCCCACGCUGAACAGGAGGAAAAACCCAGCACCCACAGUACAGCUGAAGACCUCCGAAAGGCCCAGCAGGAGAUGGAACGUUCUACAUCCCCAGAUGGCAGGGGGCCGUCGACCCCCCGCUGUGGUGACGAGGCUGAGGAGCAAGAGGAACCCAUGGACUUGUCCGUCAGACGGGCGCCCACGCCCACGGCCCAGGCUGCCCCCAACAAGACCCCCAACACGUCAUCGGAGACUCAAGUCACCUACAGCAUGAGAGUGACGGCGGCGUCCCUCAGCCCAGGGUGUGGCCAGGACGCAGCAGCUCCUGUUGACCUCUCGUGCCGAGCCUAAGUAACGCCGGAAGUCUAGAUAGAUAUAAACCCUUUAGAAAUUCCUAUAUUUUUCACUUUUUUACAUUAUCUACAGUUACGUGGAACAGUUGUACAGAUGAUUUAAAUAUUCCAUUUUAUAUAAAAAAGAAAACAGAUUUGGUAGCAUUUGUAAAUGUUUGUAUUCCUUAACAGUUUGAGGUGGUCGAGUAUAUGAUAAAUACUCCCAUAUAGAGAACAAGAGAAAAAAACACAGUUUAUUCUCAUGUGUGAAUAAACGCAAUCAAAGUGUGACGGAGACAAAGCGAAAUAAAACAGAAUUUAUUUUCCUUAAAAAAAUAAAUAUAUCUGUCUUCAAAAAACAGAUAUUAACCGCAAUGUUUUUAGAAAGAACAUGACUUCACUAACCAAGAGACAUUGUAACAGCGGCUGGUAACAGUGAACACCUGUCUGUGGACGUCACUUUCGGAUCCCCACACCAAUGAAAUUCAUCUAAUAAAGUAACUUCCUGAUCACUAUUACAUCAAAAUACAUCUGUAAUUCUCUCUACAUAUUAUUUUUUUUUACUUAGUAUUGAUUAAAGACAAUGAAAUAUAGAAAAAAAAUACAUUAAAUUCUAACCCUUUGAGGACGAGAGUUUAUCCCCUCAAAAUAAACAACUCACAAUCCACACCUCACAAUCCACACCUCACAAUCCACACCU